AUGGAUUCAUUUUAUUCAUAUCUAAAUAGUGAUAAUAUUUCUUCACCAUCAAAAUCACAAUCAAAUUCCAAAUUAAUUCCCACUACAACUUCAACAGCAAAUAAAGAUUCUUGUAUUGGUGGAGCCAUAGGCCCAUUUAAACACACACAAAAUAGUACUAUUAAUAAUAAUAAUAAUAAUAAUAAUAAUAAUAAUAAUAAUAAUAAUAAUAAUAAUAAUAAUAAUAAUAAUAAUAAUAAUAAUAAUAUUAUUAUUAAUAAUAAUAAAAAUAAAAACAAUAAUAAAGAUAAUGAUACUUCGAGUGAUUAUGAAUUUUACGAUAGUGAAAAUGAAAAAUCAUCCUCACCGAUAUUGUCAUCAGAUUUAAAGAAAAAUAUUUAUUUCAAACCAUUAAAUUUACAUACAAAACCAAAUAAAAACAAUACCAUUAAUAACAAUAAAAAAGAUAUAUUUAAUUUGGUUAUAAACAAUCAACAACAAGAAUCAGAUGAAGGAGAAGAACAAAAAGACUAUAUAAUUAAGGUUCAAAGUUAUAAAAAUUCAAAUAGUAAAAAUGAAAUUUUAACAGAAAAAGAUAAACUAAAAAUAAUCAAUUUAAUAGCAGAAGACGAACUAAAUGAAAAAAAAGAUUUAUUAACUCAACAAAAUGAAGAAUUAGAAAACUAUAAAAAUAUGAUACUAGAACUAUCAGCCACAUCAAAUAACAAUGAAAACUUUACACAACAACAAAAGCAGCAACAGCAAACUCCUCCUCGAAAUAUUUAUUUUUCAAAUAAUACCAAUCAAACUAAAUACAACGUUUAUAAUGAUUAUAAUAAUUUCAAGAAUAACAACAAUAUAAAUUUUAAUAAUAGUAGUAAUAAAUCAAAUAAUAAAGUUAAAAAAGAGAAAAAGAACCAAAUUAAAAUUUAUUCAAAAGCAACAAUAAAUGAACCAAAAAUAACAACUUAUUACAAAUCAGAAGAGAUUGAAGAAAGAAGAUUGUUUUUAAUAAACAAAUUAAAAAAUCAAGAUAUUAUAUUUGAUAAUUUGAAAAUGGAAGAUAUUGAAAUUAUAGACCCUACAAUUUUAUCCAAAAUAUCAAAAUCAUUUUGCCAAAUAUUAUUUGACAACUAUAGAGGAACAAAUGAAGACGAUUUCAGAAAUAGAUAUAGAUUUCAACUUGGAACAAUGUGUGAUGAGUGCCAAUACCGAGAUGGUGGUGAUGAACGUUACAAAUGUAUUUAUGGUGACUGCUUAAAAGAUCAAUUCAUUUGUAAUACAAGAUCCAAUUUCAAGAGUCAUUUAAUGAUAAACCAUUUCGAUCUAAUAAAAGUUAAAGAAAUCCCAACUCCUGUUUUAGACCGUACUCAAAAACUUUGUGACCAUACUGGUUGUUAUGCAGCCGUAUCAAAACACCAUCACCAUAUCCAUGUUAAAAAAGAUCAUCAUAUCUCUUUCCCCCAUGAAGUAGAACAAUGUCCAAGAUGUAGACUUAUAAAAAAUAAAAUUAGAAGAAACUUAUUUCAAUCUGUAAAUUUACAAAUUUUAAAACUAAACGAUAAUUAGAUAAAUAGUUAUAAUAAUAAAAAAGAUAAUAAUAACAAUAACAAUAAUAAUAACAAUAACAAUAAUUAAUUUUAGUAUAAAAUAAUUAUUUUAAAUUAUUAAAUAAAUUAGUAUUUUUGGUUAUAUAUGUGUAAUUAGACAUAUUACUAUACCAAU